AGCAAAUUAAUGUUUUAUUUAAUUUAAAUAAAGCCUCAAAAAGACUUUCCGUGUCAGAAAGGUUCAACAAAAUGGGCCCACAAAAAAUGUUUAAAUUGAGCUGCUCACCCCUCCUAAGUCUCCCAACUCUUUCCCACCCCUCUUUCUAUCUUCUUCUUAAUCAUCCUCCAUUUUCAUCACUUGCUUAAAAUAAAUCAAAUUAAAUUUCAAAUAAUUACAGUUAAAUUUAAUUUAAUUAAUUUGUCAAAUUAAAAUGUGGGGUGUUAAUAAUAUAAUGGUGUUAUUUGUUUUAACAUACAUAUGUUUUUCAUUAAUUUCCCCUGUUUCUGCUGAUGUUUGGUAUGACAAUAAAGCAAUUACUAUCAAUAAACAAAGAAGAAUUCUCAUCUCUGGCUCUAUUCAUUACCCUAGAAGCACCCCUGAGAUGUGGCCUGGUCUUAUUAGAAAAGCUAAAGAGAAUGGAUUGGAUGUUAUUCAAACUUAUGUUUUUUGGAAUGGGCAUGAACCUUCUCCUGGCAAGUUUAAUUUUGGUGGAAGAUAUGAUUUGGUAAAGUUCAUUAAGUACAUACAGCAAGCUGGACUUUACGUACACCUCAGAAUUGGACCCUUUGUUUGCGCUGAAUGGAACUUUGGGGGUUUUCCUGUGUGGCUAAAGUAUGUGCCUGGUAUAGAAUUUAGAACAAAUAAUGGACCAUUCAAGGAGAAAAUGCAAGCAUUUACAGCCAAGAUAGUAAAUAUGAUGAAGGCAGAAAAGUUCUUCCACUGGCAAGGAGGUCCAAUUAUUUUGGCUCAGAUUGAAAAUGAGUAUGGACCAGUAGAAUGGGAAAUAGGUGCACCAGGUAAAGCUUACACAAAUUGGGCAGCUGCAAUGGCUAGGGGCCUUAAUGCUGGGGUACCUUGGGUCAUGUGUAAGCAAGAUGAUGCUCCUGGUGAUGUUAUUAACACCUGCAAUGGGUUCUACUGUGAAGGUUUUGUCCCAAACUCCAAAUCCAAACCCAAAAUGUGGACAGAAAAUUGGACUGGCUGGUACACAAAAUUUGGAGGGGCAGUUCCUUACAGACCAGCAGAAGAUGUUGCCUUUUCAGUUGCAAGAUUCAUACAAAAUGGUGGAUCUUUUAUGAACUAUUAUAUGUUUCAUGGGGGAACAAACUUUGGAAACACUGCUGGGCGUUUCGUUGCUACAAGCUAUGACUAUGAUGCUCCACUUGACGAAUAUGGUUUACCAAGGGAACCGAAAUACACUCACCUAAAAAAUCUACACACCGCGAUCAAGAUGUGUGAAGGUGCACUUGUUUCUUCAGAUGCAAGAGUGACCAAACUCGGAAACAACCAAGAGGCGCAUGUAUACAGUUCGAAUUCAGGGAAAUGUGCAGCUUUCUUGGCAAAUUAUGACCCUAAAUGGAGUGUGAAAGUCACAUUCAGUGGAAUGCAGUAUGAGCUUCCCCCAUGGUCAAUUAGCAUCUUACCUGAUUGUAAGAAAGAAGUGUACAACACUGCAAGAGUUUCGGCCCCACGCUUCCACGCUAAGAUGACACCAAUUAGUGGUUUCGAUUGGCAAUCAUUCAUAGAUGAAACUCCAACGGCUGAUGAUGACAGAGCUUUCUCAGGAUCAGGAUUGUAUGAACAAUUGAAUGUCACUAGGGAUACCUCUGACUACUUGUGGUACAUGACAGAUGUUACUGUGAAAAGUGCAGAAGAACCAACUCUUACAAUUAUGUCAGCAGGACAUUCUUUGCAUGUGUUUGUCAAUGGUCAAUAUCAAGGCACUUCUUAUGGGUCAUUGGAGCAACCACAACUAACAUUCAGCAAGAAGGUGCCUCUGAGAGCUGGUUUGAACAAAAUUUCUUUACUUAGUGCUGCUGUUGGACUUGCGAAUGUUGGGGUACACUUUGAAAAGUAUAAUCAAGGUGUGCUUGGACCGGUUACAUUGAAGGGUCUGCACGAGGGAAAUUGGGACUUAACACGAUCAAAAUGGUCUUACAAGGUUGGAAUGAGCGGUGAAAAUCUUGGUCUACAUACGUUCUCAGGGGCGUCUGCCAAGGAAUGGCAACAAUCAGCAGUGGUACAAAGACAACCUUUAACAUGGUUUAAGACUACUUUCAAUGCACCAGCAGGAAAUGAUCCUUUAGCUCUAGAUAUGAGCAGCAUGGGAAAGGGGCAAAUUUGGAUUAACGGUGAAAGUAUAGGACGUCAUUGGCCAGCAAACAAAGCGAGUGGAAGGUGCGGGCAGUGCAAUUAUGCUGGGAUGUACACUGAGACUAAAUGCCUAGGCGAAUGUGGACAACCUUCCCAAAGAUGGUACCAUGUUCCGCGCUCAUGGUUGAGACCAACCGGUAAUCUUCUUGUAGUUUUUGAAGAGAUUGGCGGUAAUCCGAGGGGAAUUUCAUUGGUGAAAAGAACAAAUAUGUAAAAACAUCAUCAAAUACAGUUAAACAAAUGUGAUUAGUUGGCCUAUCUAAAUGAAAGAUGGCACAGGCUUUGUGCUAUCAUAGCUUUAGCAUAUGACAGGCAUCCUUGGUUACGAAGCAGCCUAGAGGUGUAUAUAUGAUGCUAUACUUUGAUUACGGGAUGUCAUUGCGAUCAAGAAGAUACCGAAUAGGUUGUGAUUUGUACAUAUACACAACGUAUUUGGAAACGUCGCUUCCUAUUAUAAGUGAUUCCUAAGGCUAAGAGCUUGUAAAAGAAUAGAUAGCUCUUGUUAUAUGUAACAUUCUGAAUUGUAUCAGAUAUUAUAUGCUCAUUUGUAUACCAGAAAAUUCUACCUAUGUUGGUAUGAUUUGUGCUCAAUGAUGUACUAUGCCUAUUAUGUACAUGCAUAUUAAAGGGUACAACUAUUGAUCUUAGUA